UGGGAUGGGAAAAGAAAUCUGUAAGUGUUGGGAAAAAGGUGCGAUGCAGGUGAUCAUGGUCUAUCCAACAGAGUUGGCGUGUUGGUGAAACCAGCUUCACCAAAGUGUCUAAAGGCAGAGAGAGAGAGAGAGAGAGAGAAAGAGAGAGAGAAUAAUUUACAAAACGAAGAGUGCAUAUCCAUUUCGCCAUUUUCACUCAUCUUGCACCGAAAGCGAUGAAGCUCUAGCUAGGUUGACAUUUUUAAAUAUCUGAAUUAUUGGAGGCGGAUGGUUCCAGAGUUAAAUCAUUCAACUUUUGUUCAUGAAUCUACCUUGGUGAAUCUGUGAAGAUUGAAGAAUAGUUAGUAUAUAUUACUUCUCUGCAAAAAAGAUUCAAAAUGAGUUGGAACCCGCACAUGGAAGUCCAUUACAACAACAUCAGCUAUCCCUAUAGUACAGCAGGAAGCUUUAUUGAAUAUUUUGAAGGCCUCACCUACGAACAUGUUAACUUCAUUUUUUCCGGUGCAUCACAUGCUCAGGAGAGCUCGUACCCUUCAAAUUCAACCUUUUACAAGUUUGGACUAUCAGAACCUGACAAUACCUCAUACUAUCGCUACAAUCAUGGUUAUGAGGUAAAUCAUCACGAACCACAAGUAGAUGAGUAUAGGAGGCCUUCAGAAAACUCUUCAAUAAUCAGUGAACAGACUCUGGCUGUAAGCACAGAAUGGGGAGAAGGUGGAAACACUAAUGCACAAGACAAUUCUAUUGAAUGCCCACGAAGACAUCAUAGUAAUUCCAACGAUUCUCAGGUCAUUUGGCAAGACAAUAUUGAUCCCGACAACAUGACCUAUGAGGAAUUACUUGAAUUAGGUGAGGCUGUUGGAACUCAAAGCCGUGGUCUCACUCAAGAACAGAUCUCCUUGCUUCCAGUUUCUAAGUUCAAGUGUGGGUUCUUCUUGAGGAAGAAGUCACGGGAUGAGAGAUGCGUGAUUUGUCAGAUGGAAUAUAAAAGAGGUGACAAGAGGAUCACUUUGCCAUGUAAACAUGUCUAUCAUGCUAGCUGUGGGAACAAAUGGCUUAGCAUUAAUAAGGCUUGCCCUAUAUGUUACACAGAAGUGUUUGCCGACAAAUCAAAACAAAAAUAAUGGACCAGGGAAUGUGUAACUACAUAUGUUUCUGUUCUCCUCAAGGUUGGGGUUCUUACAUAGAAAUACAUGUAUUUGUCUUUCUCGUAAGUGAGAUAAAUCAUUUCAUAGUGUUUAGUUGAAAUACAGAGAGUAGUCACAGGGGUCGUGAUCCUAAAGGUUUAUAAAGAAUAUGGACACGCAUCAUGGUUGUGUUGUGGACGCUGGAUUAUGGUUUGUUUUUUUUUUUUUUAUUACUUUUAUACAGUGUGCUAUGAUUUCACGUAUUUAUUAUCACAAGUUGCCGAUACAGUGUUUGUAUGAAACAACAUUCAUAAUUUUUACGAAAGUUUCUCAAACACCUA